CUUUUCCAAUACCAUUCUAAAAAUACUUUCUUCAACUUCAAGCAUUUGUGAUCUUUCAUGGCUUCUUCUUCUUUGUCUUGCAUCAAGAGAUACCAUGUCUUUUCGAGCUUCCAUGGUCCAGAUGUCCGUAGAGGGUUUCUCAGUCAUUUACACAAUCUCUUUGCAAGCAAAGGUAUCACGACUUUCAAUGAUGAGAAGAUCGAUAGAGGCCAGCCGAUCGGACCUGAGCUCGUACAAGCUAUUAGAGAAUCUAGAGUCUCGAUUGUGUUGCUCUCGAAGAAGUACGCUUCUUCAAGCUGGUGUUUAGAUGAACUGCUUGAAAUCUUGAAGUGCAAAGAAGAUGAUGGGCAGAUUUUGAUGACCAUUUUUUACGACGUUAAUCCUUCUCAUGUUAAAAAACAGAGGGGAGAGUUCGGGAAAGCUUUCGAGAAGACUUGUCAAGGGAAAACUGAGGAAUUGAAGCAGAGAUGGAGCAAAGCUUUGGCACAUGUCGCAACCAUUGCUGGGGAACACUCUCUUAAUUGGCCUUAUGAAGCAGAGAUGAUCCAAAAGAUUGCUACAGAUGUUUUAAACAAACUUAAUCUUACACCGUCCAAGGAUUUUGACGGGAUGGUGGGACUUGAAGCUCACUUGGCAAAAUUGAACUCUUUGUUAUGCUUGGAAAGUGAUGAAGUCAAGAUGAUUGGGAUUUGGGGUCCUGCAGGGAUUGGUAAGUCCACCAUUGCUAGAGCUUUAAACAACCAACUCUCUAGCAGUUUUCAACUUAUUAUGGGGAACCUCAAGGGAAGUCUUAAGAGCAGAAUGGGUGUUGAUGAGCAUGAUUCCAAGUUGUGGUUGCAAAACCAUCUUCUGUCUAAGAUUUUGAACCAAGAGAAUAUGAAGAUACAUCAUUUAGGUGCAAUCAAAGAAAGGCUACACGACCAAAGAGUGCUUAUCAUUCUUGAUGAUGUAGAUGAUCUAAAGAAAUUAGAGGUUUUGGCUGAAGAACGUUCUUGGUUUGGUUUUGGAAGCCGGAUCAUCGUUACCACAGAAGAUAAGAAGAUUUUGGAGGCACAUGGGAUCAAGGAUAUCUACCAUGUGGAUUUUCCAUCCGAGGAAGAAGCUCUUGAGAUCUUAUGUCUCUCUGCUUUCAAACAAAGCUCUGUACCAGAUGGCUUUGAAGAGGUUGCCAAUAAAGUAGCAGAGCUUUGCGGCAAUCUUCCAUUAGGCCUUUGUGUCGUGGGUAAAUCUUUGUGUGGGGAGAGCAAGCAAGAGUGGGAACUUCAAUUAUCUAGCAUCGAAGCUAGUCUUGAUCGAGGAAUUGAAGACAUUUUAAAAGUGGGUUAUGACAGAUUAACGAAGAAAAAUCAAUCUCUAUUCCUUCACAUUGCAUGCUUCUUCAACUAUGAAAAGGUUGAUUAUGUGACAACCAUGCUAGCUGACAGUAACUUGGAUGUCAGAAAUGGUUUGAAGACCCUAGCCGAUAAGUCUCUCGUGCAUAAAUCUACUUAUGGCCAUAUAGUGAUGCACCAUCUACUACAACAAUUGGGUAGACAGAUAGUUCAUGAACAGUCUGACGAGCCCGGGAAACAUCAAUUUUUAACUGAGGCCGAUGAGAUUUGUGAUGUACUGACAACCGAAACAGGUACUGGAUCAGUCCUAGGGAUAUCAUUUGAUACAUCCAAUAUCGGAGAGGUUUCUGUAGGUAAAGGGGCUUUUGAAGGAAUGCGUAAUCUCCGAUUCCUAACAAUCUAUAGGAGUUUGCAAAUACCAGAAGAUUUGGAUUAUUUACCUCUUCUUAGGUUACUACAUUGGAAAUAUUACCCAAGAAAAAGUCUGCCUUUAAGAUUUCAGCCGGAACGCCUCGUGAAACUCCGUAUGCGACACAGCAAUCUCGAGAAGCUCUGGGGAGGAAUCCAGUCCCUUCCUAAUCUCAAGAUCAUAGAUCUGAAGCUAUCAAGUGAAUUGAAAGAAAUCCCAAAUCUUUCAAAAUCUACUAAUCUCGAGGAAUUGACACUUGAGUACUGCACAAGUUUGGUGGAGCUUCCCUCUUCUAUUAAGAAUCUACAAAAACUAAAGAUUCUAAAUGUUGAUUAUUGCUCUAUGCUACAAGUUAUUCCCACCAACAUCAACUUAGCAUCUCUUGAGAGACUCGACAUGGGUGGUUGCUCACGGUUGACAACUUUUCCAGAUAUCUCCAGUAACAUCGAGUUUCUCAAUCUCGGAGAUACAGAUAUAGAAGAUGUCCCUCCAUCAGCUGCUGGAUGUUUGUCUCGUCUUGAUCACCUCAACAUUUGCAGCACAAGCCUCAAGAGAUUGACACAUGUACCACUUUUUAUAACUAACCUUGUUCUUGAUGGCAGUGAUAUAGAGACGAUUCCAGAUUGCGUCAUAUGUCUCACUCGUCUAGAAUGGCUUUCUGUCGAAAGCUGCACAAAACUCGAGUCAAUUCCGGGUCUUCCCCCCUCCCUCCGUCUCCUAGAAGCAGACAAUUGUGUAUCACUCAAAAGCUUCUCUUUCCAUAACCCAACCAAGAGACUCAGUUUCAGAAACUGUUUUAAACUGGAUGAAGAAGCAAGAAGAGGAAUCAUACAAAAAUCAAUUUACGAUUAUGUAUGCUUACCAGGUAAAAAAAUCCCUGCAGAGUUCACUCACAAAGCUACAGGGAGAUCCAUAACCAUCCCUCUGGCUCCGGGUACACUCUCUGCUUCCUCAAGGUUUAAGGCUUGCCUUGUCAUUUUCCCAGUUAAUGACUACGGAUAUGAAGGUAUAAGCUGUAGUAUAAGAAGCAAAGGAGGUGUUAAGGUUCAGAGCUGCAAGCUUCCAUAUCAUGAUUUGAGUUUUCGGUCAAAACAUCUGUUUAUAGUUCAUGGUGACUUGUUUCGCCAACGAAGCAAUUGCUAUGAAGUUGAUGUGACUAUGAGCGAGAUUACAUUUGAGUUCAACCACAAGUACAUCGGUGACAAGAUUAUAGAGUGUGGUGUACAGAUCAUGACAGAGGAAGCUGAGGAUAGCAGCAGCAGGAAAUUGGACAACUAUGAAACUGAGUUUGGAGAGUGGUGUUAGAGAAUUGAUACUGGUUAGAAUGUAGAUUGCCUUAGCCAUAGAACCUAAGCGUUAGAAGCUUAUGUGGAUCAAGCUAUCAACGUAGGAUUCCUGCAGGUUCUUGUUUACAUGAACUUGACAAUUAACAUUAUAUUCUUUCUGUUUCAGGUAGGAGAUAGGGAAUUUCGACAAGACACUGAUUCUGCAGAGAUCAAGACUAAGUCCACACAAGGAGGCCAUACGGUUCAAUCAGUUCCAGGUUCUUGGAGCAGUGCCUUCUGUUGUGAGCAUAAAAGGCAGAAAGGUUGAUAGCAUUAGAGAAAACAGAAGCAUUGCAGCUCACACCUUCCAUCUCUUGUGAGGAUUUAGAUGAAUGAAAGUUUUCUUUGCACAAAAAAAAAAAAGGCCUAAAAUUUGUAACAAAAUCUUUAUUAUGUAAUAAAACGUUCACAGAAGUUAAUACUUAAUAGUGUAUGAAUUCACAA